AUGAAACAUUCUCCUGCUGAUUUUAAUGCGCCAAUGGGUGCAUAUCACCACACUGAGCCUGAUGACGGAUCGAGAGUGCGCCGUGAAUCUGAUCAAACGUACGAAGAGGAUCAGCGAAACACUUGUAUCAUGCGUAUUCAAGUAGAUCACAUGUUCUCCAAUGAGUACAAAAGAUGUCCAGAUGGAAAACGCUCACCAAGCUGUCCUGUGGAUCGGGAGGAGAUUCUCUCUUUUAUCUCUUCGCAUUUGAAGGCAAUAAACAAAAUCUACAUCAAACACCAGUUUAUUGUCGAUGGCGCCAAGGGAAAGAAGGUGUACAUCCGACCUCGCUUCCAAGUAAAGCGAAUCAAAAUCGAUGACACUACUGGCGAAGGAGACAACUUUAGAUCGCGCAAUAUUGGUGUGGAAAAGUUUCUUGAGUACGCUUCGCUCGACGAUUAUGACGAUUACUGCUUGUCUUAUGUAUUUACAAAGCGCGAUUUUAACUCUGGUGUUCUUGGACUUGCUUGGGUUGCUCAGCCGGAAGGUAGUUCUGGCGGAAUUUGUGAGAAGAACAAACGAUACAACGAUGGGAAUACGAAGAGCUUGAACACAGGCAUCAUCACAAUCGAGAACUAUGGCUCAAUUGUCCCCACCAAGGUCUCCCAUAUCACUUUCGCUCACGAAGUGGGUCAUAAUUUUGGCUCUCCUCAUGAUGGAGGUAUUCUCUGCACACCAGGCGACUCGAUGGAUCAGUCCAUCAAAAGGGAUGGAAAUUAUAUCAUGUUCUCCCGUGCCACCUCCGGCGACAAAGCAAAUAAUGAUAAAUUCUCGGAAUGCUCGAUCCGAAACAUUACGCGAGUGCUGAGCAAAAAGCGAAGUUGUUUUGUUACAUCCGAUGCACCUAUUUGCGGCAACCAAAUUGUUGACAAGGAGGAAGAGUGUGACUGUGGAUUCGAAGAAGAAUGCAAGCGACUCAAGGAUAACUGCUGCUACCCGGCAGAUUUCGACAUUCCAAACAAAAGAUGCAAGUUGAAGCGUGGAGCGCAGUGCUCCAUCUCACAAGGUCCAUGCUGCGAUGGAAACACGUGUAGACAUCAUGGAACAAAUGUUCUCUGCGCCAAAGAACAAGACUGUACUGAGCCGACCAUGUGCUCUGGCAAGAAGGCUGAAUGCCCGACACCAAAGCCAAAAGAGAACUACAAGUGGUGCCAGAAAGAAACGAUGACUUGUAUUGAUGGGUUUUGUUCUGGAAGUGCAUGUGACAAAUUUCCAGGGAUCCUUGAGUCUUGCAACUGUCCAGUGCCGGAAGUUGACGCUACAGAGGCCGAGAAAAAGAAGCAUUGCCAUGUCUGUUGUCAGUUACAAGGCCAACCAAAUACUUGUAUGUCAACUGGAGAGCUUACCAAGUAUUUUAACAACAGGACGAUUUACAGAAAACCCGGUUCUGCAUGUGAUGACUUUAAAGGCUACUGUGAUGUAUUUUCGAAAUGCAGAAAGGUCGAUGCAGACGGCCCUCUUGCUCGGCUUCGGAAUAUCUUCUUCAAUAUGAAACUCUAUAAUAAUAUCCGCGACUGGAUCGUGGAAUAUUGGUGGGCCGUCGUUGCCAUGUCUAUUGCGCUGGUGAUGUUAGCUGGGGCCUUCAUCAAAUGCUGCUCUAUCCACACACCUACGAAUAACCCGAAGAUGCGUCGUCAUCGCGACUUCCCAGGAACGAUGACGCUAAGGAGGAUGUCCGGCCGCCAUCAAAAUCGGGAUCGACAGUACGGUGCAAGUCCGAACUCAAAUCGGAGCCCGGAUCUGCCUCUCAACUCCUACAGCCAAGGACAAAGUCGGCGAUGA